AUGCUGUAAACAUAAUACUUCUGCAACGAAAAGGAUAUUUAUACGAAAAAACAACAAGGAGUAUGCUACCGAUUCUGAAACAUUUGGGUUUUGCAGCCCGAGUACCUAUGCCGUUUCCCUCCAGCCGCAGCAUGAGUGUAAUGGCAAAAGUACUACGUUACAAGGAGUAUGGUGAGCCGGCCAAUGUGUUGCACCUGCAAGAGGAACCCAUCCCAGAUCUUCAGGAUGGUGAGGUUUUAAUAAAGACACUAGGUGCUCCGGUCAACCCUGCUGAUAUCAAUACCAUUCAAGGGAAAUAUCCAGUUAGACCGACGUUUCCAGCCGUUGGAGGUAAUGAAUGUGUAGGAGAAGUGAUUGCAUUAGGACCAAGUAGCGGUAACAGUUUAAAAGUGGGGGAUCGAGUUGUACCCUUUGCUAGUGGUCUAGGAACGUGGCGUUCACAUGGCAUCUACAAAACGAGUCGUGUUAUGAAAGUUCCGGCGGGCAUCGGUGUGGCAGAGGCAGCAACUAUCACAGUUAACCCUUGUACUGGCUACCGAAUGUUGAAAGAUUUCGUCUCGCUAAAACCCGGCGAUACAGUAAUUCAAAACGGAGCAAAUUCUGCUUGCGGACAGGCCAUCUUCCAGUUGUGCCGUGCGUGGAAUAUCGAAUGCAUUGGAAUCGUGCGCGAUCGUCCCGAGUUUGGGCAACUGAAGGAUUACUUGAAGGGGUUGGGAGCAGCCGAGAUUCUUACCGAAGAGGAACUUCGCACGACAAAGCUCUUUAAAGAUGGCAUUUUUCGCAAACCAAAGUUAGCACUCAACUGUGUCGGUGGAAAGAAUGCAUUGGAACUCUCUCGCCAACUGGAUCAAGCCGGCGUGAUGGUUACGUAUGGGGGAAUGUCUCGCGAACCAGUCACCGUCCCGACAGCAUCGCUCAUAUUCAAAGAUCUACGAUUCGUCGGUUUCUGGAUGACGCGGUGGACGAAAGAAAACUCCGCCAGUCCGCUGCGUAGCGAAAUGUUCAACGAGUUGUUUGAGUUAAUUGAUCGUGGCGCUUUGAAAGCUCCCGCGCAUGAAAUGAUUCCGUUUGAGGACUAUACGACGGCGGUUACAAAUGCACUUAACAUUCAAGGUUUUGUGGGGAAAAAAUACAUUUUUCAAUUUUAGGUUGCAAACUAAUAGACUCAGCGAGAA